AUGGCUGCAGCAACACCAUUGCCUGCAGCAGCAGCAGCAGCAGCAGCAGCAGCAGCAUCUGGUGCUGCACGCAGGGGAGCGUCUACUGCUCUCUACAGCACUUCCUACCCUGAGCCUGGGAGCGAAGGGGAGGAGACGAUCCCCGCAUCUCCAGCGCUGUCUUUUGAGUUAAUGCAGGCAGCAUUUAGCUGGCAGGAAGAGCAUAGAGACUGGCAGCAGCGGUAUACUCAAUGGGUGCAGCAGCAGGAGCAGCAGCAGCAGGAAGCUGCUGCUCAGCUUCGUCGGAGCGGGAGCAGAGGAGCUGCAGCUGCAGCUGCAGCUGCAGCAGCAGCAGCAGCAGCAGCAGGCGGCGUCUCCCGCAGCAGCGCCGCGCUGCUGCGGAUAUGCAGAAAGGGGCUUUGUGUUAGUAAGAAAGCUGCUGUUGUUGUUUGUGUUGCAGCAAACAAACAAAUGAAGACCCGGAUAGUUCCUGCUGCUAGACAGCUGGGGAGGAAGGUUUCUGCUCUCAAGAGACAAAGCCAAGAUGAGGAGACACUGCAGCAGCAGCAGCAGCAGCAGCAGCAGCGGCGCAGACGGCUUCCACAGACAAUUGAGGAGGAGAUCGCAGCACACCAGCAGCAGCAGCUGCGGCUGUUGCAGCUGCACCGCCAACGCCUUGCUGAUGAACAUAACCUGCAGCUGCAGCAGCAGCAGCAGCUGCGUCAACAGCAGGCGCAGCUGCAGCAACAGCUGCAGCAGCAGCAGCUACAGCAGUUGCUCCAGCAGGAGCAGCUGCAGCAGGAUAGGAAUUGUGUCUCUUGGGGAGAUGAAGAGACGCAAGACUUGCAUGGGGCGAGAAGGCCCCCUGCUGCCGCUGCUGCUGCUGCUGUGGCUCAGCAGCAGGCACUGCAGCAGCAGGAUGAGGAACAAGAAGAAGCAGCAGCAGCAGCAAACCCUCAUUCGCAAGGCUUUGAAAUGCCUCUCCGCCUCAACCGCUCUAUUGAGUGGAUUGUAGACGUUGGCUUGAACCCUGAAGCACGUGCUGCUGCUGCUGCUGCGCUGCAGCGCCGUGAGCAGCAGCAGCAGAAGCAGCAGCGCCUACAGCAGCAGCAGAAGCAGCAGCAGCAGCAGAAGCUGGGAAAGAGACGCACGAGUCUGCCUUCGCGCUGCAGCAGCGCAGCAACCUGCUGCGGCUCUUCGUAUACAGCAGAAGAGACACAAGAAGAGACACCUGAAGGGCCUAUGACAAGAGAGAGACAGCUGCUGCAGCAGUCUGUCCCCGAGUGUAUAUGUGCUGUAGCAAAGCUGAAGAGGCAAACGACAAGCAGGAGGAGACAGGAGACAGAGAGACGCUGCAGCAGAGACAGAAGCAGCAUGGGUGCUGCUGGUGGGCACGAUCGCUGCUGCUGCAGCACCAACAGCAGCAGAGGAACCAGCACCAGCAACAGCGACGUGCAGCUAUCAGACAGCAACAGCAGCAACAGCAGCAACAGCAGCAGCAGCACCAGCAUCAGCUACCUCGCCAACCGAGUGAAGACUGCACAAAGGCUACAGGCUGCAGCAGCAGCAGCAAAAAGGAGACAGCAGCAGCUAGCAAGACGAAGGGCCCUAGCAGCAAAACGAGAACAGCUUUGCUAUGGGGAGGUCAAUUUUGAUGUUGCGCUGUAG